AUGUACUCCACUUUCUCCGCCAACUUCGAUACCACGAUCGAUGCCUCCCGUGAGAGGUCAGCCACACCCUCAGUCCCACGCCCUAAGCGCAACCAGGUGGCUCGCGCCUGUGACUGGUGUCGGCUCAAUCGUGUCCGAUGCGAUGAUAAGCAGCCAUGCCAGAACUGCCAGAAUCGAGGAGGGACUUGCAGCAAUACAAAGACACAGGAGGCCACCUCACUCCCAGCUGCAAACCGAGAGAUGCAACGAUUACGAAAUAAAGUUAAGGACCUUCAAGACCAGAUCGAGAAACUCAAAGAUAGAGCGGAAAUCCAAGCACAGACGAGUUUCGCAACGCCUCCACUGUCGGAUGCAACACACAGCUCAUUUGACUUUGCGGAACUCACCAAUACUACAGAGGGAUGGCAAGGGGUCCACCAGACGGGGCAGAUUCACUACGGGCCCUUGUCGUCCUCAUAUUUUGUCACCCGAAUCACUCGCUAUCUCUCCGAAGCACUCAACGAGCCAUUGGAAAAUGCCAAAUUACAAGCAUGCAUGGCACGGUUUAAUUACGUGACCCCUACCCAUCAACCGUCUGGAUGGGUUGCCAGCCCGGAUAGCCAGGCGGAUCAGCAUCCGGACGGAAACGAAGAGGCCGAGGAUCUGACCCGGUCACAAGAGGAACACUUUCUCAAUUUGCUCUGGCAAUCUUUUCAUUGCGUUUAUCCUAUUCUUUCCGAACGCGAGUUUCACCAACAUUAUGAGUCAUUAUGGUCUAGUUCCACGCCUGAUGGAAUGUCUACACGAAAGCCAUCCGCCCUGGUCGAUGUGCUGUUGGCAGUGUGUAUGCAGUACAGCAGCACUUUCUUUGUCAGCGGAGACAGUCAACAAGAGGAUGCGGAUGCAGGAUGGCAGGUCAAAAACGCGAAUUCAGCUAGUCGAACUUACUAUCAGAGGGCCCAGAGGCUUCUGCAGGGUGACCUCGAACACCCAACCAUCAUGCUCGUGCAGAGUCACAUCUACUCGAUUGUCUACUUGUACAACACCUCCCUGCUGAAUACGGCGCAUAUCAACUUGGGUGCCACGCUGCGAAUUGCCCACGCAUUGCGGUUGCAUAUCCGCCCGCUGGACGGAAUUUCGCCCGAACAACAGGAGCUGCAGCGCCGGAUCUGGUGGACGCUCUACCGGAUCGACAGCCAGCUCUCGAUGACCCUCGAUAGGCCGCCACUCAUCCAGCUGUCUCAUGUCAGCUGCGGACUACCCGGAGAUGAUCUCGAGCAUGCUCGGCUAUCUGGGACAGUCCUUCUCUCGAAUCAUGAGGACAUCAGCUGGCUCAGCUUCCAUGUCCAGUGCACAAAGCUCACAUUUCUUGUUCAAGGCGUACAGACAGCAUUACACCGGAAAUGUUCUCAGUUGUUGAACGGGGAUAGGUCAAAGGAUAUAUAUGAUGACCUCCCCCUCCUCGAGAAUUUAGCCGAGUUUUUGGAAAGGGAGAUGACAGCUAUUCAUAACUGGGUUCAAAAUGUGCCGCAGUCGCUAUGUAAUCCUCGCAAAGGGGCGGGGGACCCAUUCUCCACCAAUCGGGACGCGUUAAAUCUGUCUCCGUACAGCCCACUCUGGCUGCAGCGCCAACGCCUCCUCCUAGAGCUCCAUUAUCACCAUCUUGUGAUCUCUACCCUACGUCCCUUUAUCCGUUUCCCUCCUGGGAGCUCCUCCGUGACCCCACGGACCGACGGGCACAAUAUAACCUGUUUGAAUCAUGCCAUGGCAAUCACAAGUAUCCUAAAUCAAGUACUGUCCGAAACGGAUCUAUUGCGCGGCUGGCCGCCCAUCUUCCAGUACCAGUGGGAUGCCAUCCUGUGUACUCUAGGGUUUGUGCUCGCCAAUGCCGUGUGUCCUCCGACUCCUUCUGCACGCAAGUCGCUGCAGACGGCGGUUCGCACACUGGACCUUGUAAGUGAUCAUUUCCUGGCGGCCAAAAGCGCGGCCCAGGUUGUCCGCGAUGUCAGUUGCCAGGCCGAUCGGCUCAUCGCCAACGUCCAACAAGGUCUGACCCGACGACAAGCGCCGCGUGCUAGCCAGGCCAUGUCUACCAGAUCCCACAAUUCCAGGCCACCGUCGAAUCAGACCUCGUUCGCUACGCCCGGGCAACCCGGGGUCCAAUCUAAUUCGCUCAAACGCGCGUUGCCACCGACACCCAUGGAGGUGUCACCCCAUCAGCCCAUGCCUAACUUUGAAGCGCGCAUGCAGUUAAUGGACAUGAUGCCGAUUGGUUCAUUACCAGAACUAUCCCCUUCUAUGGGAACGACAGAAUCUCUCUCUGGUGUGAUGCCCUCGGUAAGCUCUGCUGACAUGGUCACCGGCACUGAAGCUCAGUGGCUACAUGCGAGCUCGAUGAUACUAGACUCCUGGACUACGAACUCAUGA